CUGCCUUACAUUGUUAACGUUGAUUUCUCCCGUUUAAGCCAGCAUUUUGUCUUCCGUGAGCCAAACUGGAGUCACAGGCUCCCGCAAAACGCAUGAAAUCUCGGCUACAUUUGGCAGCGGGACACACACCGGCAAACUCUCUGACAUGAGGAGGAUCGUUGGCUGCAACCGUGCCCAGACCGGGCGCUGCUGGUAGGGAUGGUGCCGCUGUGAAGAGCCGGUGUGCCGUUUCGGAGGACAUGCCUGUGGUCGGGGCGAAAGGGAGGAAGUGCCUGGACAACAUGACUGUUUUCAACCAGGAAAAUGUUGAGGAAUUUUAUGAAAUUGGAGACGAGCUGGGGAGCGGCCAGUUUGCUGUGGUCCGAAGAUGUCGGCACAGGAGUACAGGUGUGGAGUACGCAGCCAAAUUCAUCAAGAAGCGGCGCAGCAAGUCGAGUCGACGAGGGGUGACGAGGGAGGACAUCGAGCGCGAGGUGAACAUCCUGAAGGAGAUCCAGCACCCUAACAUCAUCACGCUUCACGAGGUCUUUGAAAACAAAGCAGAGGUCAUUCUGAUCCUGGAGCUUGUGGCCGGCGGUGAGCUUUUCGACUUCCUGGCAGAGAAGGAGUCGCUGAGCGAGGAGGAAGCCACUCAGUUCCUCAAGCAGAUCCUGGACGGAGUCUUCUACCUACACGCCAAGCAAAUCGCUCACUUUGACCUUAAGCCGGAGAACAUCAUGCUGCUGAACCGCUCAGUGCCUCACCCGCGCAUCAAGAUCAUUGACUUUGGCUUGGCCCACAAGAUAGAUUUUGGCAAUGACUUUAAAAACAUUUUUGGAACUCCAGAAUUUGUAGCUCCAGAGGUAGUCAACUAUGAACCUUUGGGACUGGAGGCAGACAUGUGGAGUGUCGGUGUGAUAACCUACAUCCUUCUAAGUGGUGCGUCUCCUUUCCUGGGUGACAACAAGCAGGAGACUCUGGCCAACGUGUCGGCUGUGGACUACACGUUUGACGAGGAGUUCUUCAGCAACACCAGCAUCCUGGCCAAAGACUUCAUAGCAAGGCUGCUUGUCAAAGACCCCAAAAAGAGAAUGACGAUCCAGGACAGCCUCCAGCACCCCUGGAUCAAGCCAAAAGACACUCAACAAGCUCUGAGCAGAAAGGAGUCGGCUGUCAACAUGGAAAAGUUCAAGAAGUUUGCAGCUCGAAGAAAAUGGAAACAAUCCGUCCGACUUAUCUCCUUAUGCAACCGCCUGUCUCGCUCCUUCCUGUCCAGAAGCAACAUAAGUGUGGCGCGCAGUGAUGACACCUUGGAUGAAGAAGACUCCUUCGUGAUGAAGGCCAUCAUCCAUGCCAUAAACGAUGACAACGUGCCCGGCCUGCAGCAUCUGCUCGGCUCCUUGAACAGUUACGACGUCAACCAACCCAACAAGCACGGGACUCCUCCCCUCCUGAUUGCAGCCGGCUGUGGUAACAUUCAGAUCAUUGAGGUGCUGAUGAGAAAAGGGGCAGAGAUCCAGGCCCAUGACAAGAGUGGAGCCAACGCUAUCUACUACGCAGCGAGACACGGCCACGUGGAGACCCUGAAAUUUCUCCAUGAAAAGAAUUGCCCUCUGGAUGUGCAAGAUAAGUCUGGGGAGACUGCUCUUCAUGUGGCAGCUCGCUAUGGCAACGUGGAUGUGGUGAGCUACCUGUGCAACAUCCGGGCCAACCCAGACCUGGCUGACAGGGAGCAGGAGACCCCACUGCAUUGCGCCGCCUGGCACGGAUACUCGGCAGUGGCCCGCGCACUCUGCCAGGCAGGCUGCCACGUGGACGCAAAGAACCGCGAGGGGGAGAGUCCGCUGCUGACAGCAUCUGCUCGGGGCUUUGUGGACAUCGUGGAGUGUCUGGUGGAGCAUGGGGCCGAUCUAGAAGCGACUGACAAGGACGGCCACACUGCCCUCCACCUGGCCGUACGAAGGUGUCAGGUUGAAGUUGUCCGCUCCCUCCUCAGACACCACUGCCACCUGGACCAGCAGGAUCGCCAUGGCAACACGCCGCUGCACAUUGCCUGUAAGGACGGAAACCUGCCCAUUGUCAUGGCGAUCUGCAGCGCCAAGGGCGGCCUCGACCUGCCCAACAAGUAUGGCAGAACUCCCCUCCACCUGGCUGCUAAUAACGGAAGCCUUGAAGUGGUCCGCCACCUCUGCCUGGCUGGAGCUAACAUUGAUGCUGUCACCAAUGAUGGAAAGACAGCUGAGGAUUUGGCUCAUACUGAUCAACAUGAACUCAUCGUUUCUUUGCUGGGCAAACUUAAAAAGGACAACCACAAACUGAGCUACAUCCAGCAGCUGCGGCCCACUCAGGCGGUCCAGCCCAGGAUAAAGCUGAAGCUGUUCGGACACUCCGGAGCUGGGAAGAGCACCCUGCUGGAGUCUCUAAAGUGUGGCAUUCUGCGCAGCUUCUUCAGGAGGAGGAGGACACGCAUGACCAACACCGCCCGCCACCCCAACUCCCCCAUCAACUCCAAACCUGCUGUGUCAGUGAGCAUUUCCAACUUGUACCCGGGCUGUGAGAAUGUGAGUGUGCGGAGUCGCAGCAUGAUGUUUGAGCCCAGCCUGACCAAAGGUGUCCUGGAGGUCUUCUCUCCCGUCCACAGCGCUCUGUCCACAGCUGACGAACAGGCCACAAAGGCCAUCGACAUCCAGCACGCCAACAUCCACGGUGUGGGGGAUUUCAGCGUGUGGGAGUUUUCGGGGAACCCGGUCUAUCACUGCUCCUACGACUACUUUGCAGCCAACGACACCACGGCGAUCCACGUGGUCCUGUUCAGCCUGGAGGAGCCGUACGAGACCCAGCUGGGCCACAUCACCUACUGGCUGAACCUGCUGAAAGCCCUCACCUUGCCACAGGACAACAUCGCCUUCGGGGGUCGGAUCCAGCAGCCUCUGACGGUCGUCCUGGUGGCGACGCACGCCGACCUCGCUGACAUCCCCAGAGCUUUCUCUGGAGAGUUUAGUUACGACAAGGAGAAAGUGCUGCUUAAAGAAGUCAGGAACAGGUUUGGGGUCGACCUGCAGAUCAGUGACAAAUUGUUUGUGAUGGACGCCGGGGCCACAAACUCCAGGGAUGUGAAGCUGCUGAGGAGUCACCUGCAGGAACUUCGCACCAACAUCAUCUCUAGGUGCAGUCCCAUGACGCUGCUGUCGGAGCGUUUGCUGACCACCCUGCCAACCUGGAGGAAGCUGAGCGGACCCAACCAGUUGACAUCGUGGCAGCAGUUUGUCAGCGAUGUCCAGGAGCACAUCAACCCUCUGGUCAGCCAGGAUCACCUCCGCACGCUGGCCCUGCAGCUCCACAGCAUGGGGGAGAUCAAUAUCAUGCAGAGUGAGACGGUGCAGGAUGUUGUUCUGCUGGAGCCUCGCUGGCUCUGCAGCACCGUCCUCGGCAAGCUGCUGUCUGUGGAGACGCCCAAGGCCAUACACCACUACAGGGGGCGCUAUAGGCUGGAGGAGGUGCAGGCUCUGGCCCCUGAAAGUGACGUGGACGAGCUGCUGCAGAUUCUGGACGCCAUGGACGUCUGUGCCCGUGAUGCCACCAACCCCUCCAUGGUGGAUGUUCCUGCCCUCAUCAAGACAAAUGGCCUCCACCGCUCCUGGACCGAAGAGGAGGAGGAGGAGUCGCUGAUCUACGGUGGGGUACGACUCGUCCCUGCGGAGCACCUUACCCCCUUCCCCUGUGGCCUGUUUCACAAACUGCAGGUGAACCUGUGUCGCUGGAGCCACCAGCAGAAGCCCGAGGAGGAGGGCGGUGAGGAUUUCGAUGGAGAUAUCCACCUGUGGACCAAUGGUGCCAAAGUGAGCCAGGCAGGAGUGGAGGCAAUGAUCCUGCUGGUCAACCACGGCCAGGGGGUGGAGAUUCAGGUGCGCGGGCACGACUCAGAGCGGGCCAAGUGCUACACCCUGUUGGACACCGUCUGUAGUAUAACAGAGAACCUGCUGGCCUCCACGCUCCCCGGACUGCUCACAGCAAAAUACUACCUGAGUCCUCAGCAGCUGCGGGAGCACCACGCCCCCAUCAUGAUCUACCAACCCAAAGAUUUCUUCCGGGCACAAGUCCAGCGGGAAACCUCGCUCACCAAUACCAUGGGAGGCUACCGAGAGAGCUUCAGCAGCAUUCUGUCUUUUGGCUGCGCAGAAGUUUACCAGCAGGGGACUCUGGGAACGGAUGUCCACAUAUCAGACGUCCCCCUGUUGGCUCGCAGGAAGCUCUGUCGCAUGCUGGACCCUCCUGACGCACUGGGGAAAGACUGGUGCCUGCUGGCCAUGAACCUCGGCCUCACAGACUUGGUGGCCAAACACAGCAAUGGGACUCCAAAUGGCACCCCUGAGCUGGACUCAGACCCGGACUCCCAGCGGGCCGCGCUGCAGCCGAGCCCGACGGCGGCACUGCUGCAGGAGUGGAGUGGGCGAGCAGACAGCACAGUCGGGGUACUGAUGGCCAAACUGAGGGAGCUCGGCCGCAGAGACGCCGCCGACUUCCUGCUCAAAGCUUCUCCUGUUUUCAGGGUCAACAUGGAAGCGGUGGGAGGAGCCGCCAACGGCUACCCCGCCACCUGCAACGGCGGCACAUCGUACAACUCCAUCAGCUCCGUCAUAUCCCGCUGAACUGAACGGGGUCACCUUUUUGUCCUCGCCAAACGUCAAAUACUUGGUUUAAUGUGACAUUUCCCCUGAAACAGGACAGUCACAGACUUGUGUGUGAAUGAACAUGAAGUGCAAUCGUUACCAGAGAGUCCAGCUGCUCGUUCCUUAAUCUCUCCAUUAAGUUGGCAUAUGAACCAGAUGUUGUGUUUGUGCGCUCCACACCUGUACAGCUGACUAUUCCUUCCACUAUGAAUGUUGUGAAAGAGCUGAUCGUCCUGAGCUCCAAAGAGGAAUCCAAUGCUUUUAUUAUGUUCUUAAUCUUGUUGUGCUGCUUUUUAAUAUCUCUCCUACUCUACUGAAAGUCUCAUCUCACAGUUGAAAGAAAGUCAGAAAGUACAGAAAAGAUCAGUUUUUAAAAGCUAUCAACUCUACAUGAAGGAAUGGACGUGGUCGAAAAGAUGGCGGCCUCAUGUUUGGACCUUUUUCAUAUCCACCCUCAAGUGAAGAACUAAAGACUUAAUUGUAUCAGUGAACAUGUCGGAGGCUGCCAUCUUUACUCACCUCAUCCAUCACAGUUACAUAUAAUAUUAUCCUCCCUCUUGCUUUUGUCAUACUGAUGUGACAUUUGGCCGUUCAGCUCAGUGUUGAAUAAAUUAACAGCAUUUUUAGUGUGCCUUUGUGGCCUUCUACCUCCCUGAAGAGCACAAAUAGUCUUGUUAUUAUAAAAACAGUAAUUCUUUCCAAACAUAUAAAGAACUGUGCCUUGUUGACACAAACAGUAAAAUGAUAUUUCAGUCAAGUCUGGUGAGGAAAAGGCCAUCUUACGUUUCAGGCAGGAAAAGGUUAAAGAAGAAAGAGCGUGAAAAAUGAAAACCUAAAGCUCGGCUCGUCUUACAAGGUUUUAAAAAAUCGAUUUUACUGCCAAAAACCAGACACAAAGCUGAAAGCAGAGAUCAUAUUUCUGCUGUGUUCUGUUGCGUUCUGAAAUAAAACACGCUUCAUAUUGGAGGAGAUGAUCUGAUGCUCUGCGGGAGCCAAAGGGAAACCGUGUCAUUCAUGUGUAAUUGGUCUAUUUGUAGGUUUACACACAUUAUUUCUUCAUUAAUCCAACAACAGAAAUCUCUUGAUUGUUGAUGAAUUAGUGUUAACACUUUAUUUUAGGGGUCCCAUAAUUUCCUAAUUUCCUUGGACGUUUCCUGGAAAGAACUGUGUAAUGUGGUAUUAACUAUAGUGGAAAUAGAGACAGUGUCAUGAGACAGUUAUGCAAGUUAAGCCAACAUUCAUGCUUCCGAAGCUUGAACUAGUUACCUUUGAACAUUUUUGCUUACAAAUUAGUUACUUACUACCGGCCAACUGAUUAUUAAAAUUGUUACUGAUUCAUUUUCAGUUGAUGAAUUGAUUAGUCAACUAAUCAUUUAAUGUGUAAUAUUAAUCUUAGUAGAGUGUACUCUGUUUUGCAGUUAGCAUAAAGUCAAAAAUAAAAUAAAAGUAAAAUAAAAUAAAGUCAAGAUACUUCACCAUCUACUAGUAACAGGAAAUGUGAAAAUGCACCAGAAUCGAACUGUGAUGCCAGAGAAAAAGCCUUUGAUUGAAUAAUUACUUUAAUGCAGCUAUGAGCAGCUCCUUCAUCUCCUUUCCCAUCAACAGUACACUCAAAAAAUCAAUAAGUGUUUAGUCUGCAUGCUGGCUUUUUUGAGUGUACUUAAUUUUGUCACUUUUCCACUCAAAACCUGCAUUGCAUUAAUAUAUAGUAUGGUAUCAGAAUGCACUUUGAGUCUCCAUUUUUCCUGGAAUUAUUACCAAACUACAAGAUUGUUCUUUCCAGGAACCUCUCGAAGAGUUUACAGUUACGUAUCAGUUCCUUUCAUUGAAAUUUCAACCAACUGUGGGACUGUAAAAUACAGUGUUACAUAAAUGUUUUCACUUUCACUAUUUUAACAGAAAAAGUAGAGUUUUUGUGUGUCUUAUUGAAGAAUGUUGUUCCUUCCAGCAACAGAAUUUAUUUGCUCACACAGGUUAAGAGUAUUUGAUGUUGAGGAUCAUCAUGGCCGACGGGUUGGAGCUGCUGAGCUGUGCACUCACUCAUUAUUUAUUUGAAUAGAAAGUGCCACCAAAAAUGCUAAAAACUACUUAAUUUUUAACAUUUCUACUGACCUUGAAGAUAAUAAGUUAUAUUCAGAGUCAUCAGCGUCAGUACACACAGCUGACGCUGCGCCUUUUAAAUGCCUCCUCAACAGGUUUUCUGCAUUAGCGACCAGUGCUAAGACAUCAACAAUCAAGUUACGGUCCACAGUGUCAGAUUUUUACACAGUGGCAUCAGCGCCGCUUCUGUCGAGCUAAAUUUGAGCCGUCAGUGUUGGACGGCCAUGCGUGGCUUCACAUCUUCUUUCAGUUUUUGUCUUUUUAUAUCGUGACGCUGCAGCCCGGCUCGGUCAGCAAAAGCAUGGAACAGAUGCCAGAAGUUUGUAUUGUUAGCUGAAAAAAUGGCCAAAGGCUGCUGAUGACAGAAAUGUUCCUAGAAAAGCAUUUUCGCUCCUUUUUCAGUACAUGUGUGUUGAUGUUGGGAAAAGAGACUUUGUGGAUGUAAAGGCCUUUUUCAGAACAGAUUGAUAGAAGAUGAGCUCUGUGCCAGAGUGCAGUAUUUCCUAUCUGCUUUACUUCCCCAGUGUUACCAUUUGUUCACAGAGAUGAAACUUUAAAGACUAUUUCAAACACUGAACUUCUCUCACUAUUUUUGUCUCAGCCUGAACUUGUCAACACAGCAAACUUGUAGCUGUGGUGUAAAUACUCAAGUCCUGUUUCCUCGACUUCACCCUCAUUGUUCUGUUUGUUUUUUUGCCCAAAUACUAAAUAUUGUUGAUUCCAACUAGGCAAAAUGAAUGUACUAUACAUCUUUCCCCCGGAAUAUGGUCACAAGUAAAACCAAAUCAAAGAUAUGGUGAUCAAAACAUGAUGAAAUGAAAUGCCCCAAACUGCUCUGAUACAUUCCUUUAUUUUUCUCGUUUUAUUUUAUUGGAGCUUUUAUUGAAGUUGUGUGUCAUCAUUGCCAAUGCUGUGUGCCUAAAACACACUCGUUCAUUCCUCUAUUGUCGCCUUGUACAGUACACAAGCUGAGAAGUGAUGUUUCAGAAAGGGAAGUGAAGAUUAUGUUCUCUCGUUUAACAAGAAGAGGCACUUUUUUUGUAAAAGCUGAGAAUCACUUAUCUUAUUAUCAAGUUUGUCUCCGUUUGGUGUCGAUUCUCCAGAUGCUCCUGACAGCAGGUGGAUUUCAAGGUGUUCUCAAAAAAAUGUUCUGUUUGUUUCUGUUUGGUGAGGAAAGACGUACUCAAUAUUACUUUUGAGUGACUCCAGUCUGAUUACAUUGCACAAGUCUUUUUUGUUGCUAUUUAUGUUACAUUAUUUUAGCAUGUCUUGGAAUGCCAUGUUCUUUGUCCUUCUGACACUUUAUAGUGUAAUACAUUUUAUAAUAAAUU